UCUCUUCCAAACCCUCGUCCUUCCUUCUCACAAGCACGCUUCUUCUCACUCGGGCCUCUGGCAAAGCUGGUCCCACCCUCCCCGGGCCCUUCCCACCACACACCGCUCGUCCAGGUUGCGUACAACGUACACAGCCUACGCGCCAACGACGAAGUUUCGUCGACGACGAGAAAACCUGCCCAGACCCUCCCCUUCUACCUCUCUCUCCACCAAAGCCCGCUGCCGCUGCAGUGACGCCAGCGGUGUCUCGCUUAGUAGCGUGGUGGCCUGCCAACUCUUGGGAACAAGUGUGCUGUGCGUGUGCAGUUCGGUGUGCUAUAGGAGAGAAAAAGAGAACGGAAUCGCUUCGAGCUAGCAGCGCCCCGGCGUCAACGUCUCGAAGCCGCCGAAAAGCUCGGCGCUGCCUGCCACAGGGCAGGCUACCCCGGGCAAAACCCUCCGACCGUCCAAAUCUCUCCUUUGUGUGUGUGCGUGUGAGUGGGGGAGUCGUGACGACCACCUCGGAGACCGACGGGGGCUGCGCGAACGAACGAGCCGGACGGAACUAGCAACAGGUAGUGGCACGAAGCGGCCCUAUCAUCGUCAUAAAACCCUUCGUAAACUACCUCACCGUCCGCACCAUCGAACUUCGACCGAUCGCCGUCUGUCUCCGGUUGUGUUGCUACCGAGAAUCGGAGAGUGUUUGUUAAAAAAAAAGCAAACGCUACUUCUGCUCUACGUUGGUUGACAGAAGACAGGAGUGCCCCAACCCGUGCCUCCUGUUCCUUUCCUUCUGCGAGACACCCUGCUAGCAGACGUCUUGCAUAAACGUCGUCUGUUCCACGCCGUGUCUUUUUGUGCUUUAUAAAACCGCGCUUCCUUUCCAAAGAAUCCUCGCGAGAGUCGGCGAGAACACAGAGCAUCAUGGCCUGCUCAGCGGUAACCCUGUCGAUAGCGACCAUCACGGCCGUGCUGGCUCUGGCCUGCUUGUCCAUUUCGUUCGGCACGGAUAACUGGCUCGAGACUCGCGUCAACCGGACAGCCAUCAGACAGACGUUGCAGAAGGACACAGACGAAUACCGAUCGUAUGAGACGAGAAUGGAGUACUUCAGCAGGGACACGGGUCUCUUCAGAAUAUGCUUCCCCGAGAAGAAGCCCAAAGGACUGGAGACCUUCAUGUCCCCAGUGCAGACUGACUGCGUCAACGUCAACUACUACAUACCCGAGAACGAAGAGUCUGACGGAUUCUCCGAGCAGCGCUGGGAGCGACUCCACAUGGCCCGCUCCGUGGUGGCCCUGUUCAUCAUCUCCUUCUUCUUCGCCUUCCUGUCCUUCUUCACGGGCAUCGCCGGUUGCUGGAAGCGCUCCAACAGCAACAUCAUCGCCACGGGACUGCUGCAGAUACUCGCAGCCCUGACGGUGGCGGGUGCGAUGGGACUGUGGCACGGCGUCGAAUACUACGACUUUAAGAAGUUGCACGACAGCCAGUCCGUCUACUCCUGGCCAGCCAUCCUGCGUCGCAAGGGCGUGACCGACUUCGCCUACGGCUGGUCCUACAUGCUGGCCUGGGCCGGCGUCGGCACCAGCCUGCUCACCGGCAUCCUCUUCCUGGCCUCCGCUCGCUGCCUGCGACGCGAGAAGAAGGCCGACCAGGCCAAGAACAUGCAGUACCUGAUGCCCGUCUACCCGGACAAGCGGCAGCCGUACGGCUACGCCGCCUACCCGGGGCCCUACGCCUACCACCACGGCUCGCAGUACGGGCCGUACGGAUACUGAGACCAGAGUCCUGAGGCCGCGCGCGCGCACAACACCGCGAGACACACACCACCCCCAGUUCGGCUGCCUUCACCGGCGGUAGUGACGUCACCACCACCUCGGAUAGACGAGACCGGAAGUCGUAUUCCACCUGUAACAUAUCGGUCUAUACGGGCUUAAAAAUAGCGGCUUCUUGGCCGUUGUUGAAGGGCACGUCAGCGGCGUUUCGUUGCUGAAGUGUCUCUUCCGCUUCUGCCUUUAGCGUCCGCUUCCGUUGUGUUGGACCGCCCUUUUCCGGUUUCUACUGAGGCUUAGGCUAGAAGGAAGCAUGCACAAGCGACGUGCUCUGGCUUCCACGGAAGCACCUAUGCAAAGCGUUGUGGUAAUAGUGCGCAGUGCAAGAUGCUGACGGAGCCUGCAGUACCGUCCUGGUACGCCUUCUUCCAGUCUGAGCGGAAGGGCAGCCUUACUUCCUUGCUCGGGUAUUAUUAAAAAAAAUGUGUACCGCAGCGUUGUUCUAAUCGCGUUAGUCUUAGUGCUAUUCGAAGAUUCGGAAAAGACGUUCGUGGUGUUGGGGUAUGAGCGAUAGAGAGGCUAAGACCACGCCUUUUGGCACCCGGAAGUGCGGGUAGGUUCAUUCGCGUAUGCGGAGUACACCGGCCUUUGAUGAAAGUCUCGGCGCAGCGGGGACAUACAUAUGCGUCGUACGCAUACAAACCAGCGAGCAACGCUGUAUGAAAUUGCACGUAGAUCCGGCCUCCAAGCUGAGAGUGUGUACAAUAGACGUUAGGCUUAGCAUCCGACGUGUUCACAGACCUGGUAGGAUAGGAGAGCCAUACCUUCGAAUAUGAAAAAACCUUACUUCUGCAGAAAUCGCGAUUCGCCCAAAAACACCUCCUACACAGUGCGAGAUGUAGUAAGAAGUAAAUCGAAAUGAAACAUUCCUAAGACUAGGCCAGCACCACGUGGUCGAAAAGAAUUUCUUUUUUGUUCUUUUUCCGCUAGAGUUACAAAAAACGAGUAGCCGAGGGUGGAAGAUGUGUUGUGCGACAUAGGCGGCUGAAAAAUAAAAGAUGGCUAUAACUUCUUAUCUUGUGGCAGGCAGAAGAAGACAAAAGAAAAUGGCCUGCCGGGUAUUUUUGCGUGAGAGUGACUUAACAUGAAUGCAACUUCAUGCCCGAUUGCGUCACUAUGUAAAAUAUCCUCCCGCGCAGCAAUUCCCCCUCCCCCCUUUUGUACAUAGUCUUCACUCACUUCACUUUUACGCUCUAAUCAUUUUACUUUCCGUCCCUGUCGGGUCCCCCAUCUCUGUAGCUUUAUCGCCUAUCUAGGGCGAUGUACUGUUGUUUCUCGUUUUUUUUUUUUUCAGUAGACAAGGCGUGGCUUAAGGUAGAGUUACUGCCGACAGUAUAUAUUAACUCUAGUUUAAGGGCAACCCCAGCGCCAUCCCACGACCAUGCAGAGCAGCUACCGGAUCGUGCGGCUGUGGCGAAUUACGGUAUAGAUGACAGUCUCGGAACUGCACUCGCCGUCCACGCAUAGCUUCGCUUGACACGUCUGUCACAAGUCUGUCGUCAGUAGGUUGGACCCUACCUCGGCUGUGAGUCAGUGACUAGGCUUAUGGUGACUUGUCCCUUCUGCGGACGUACAAAUGAAGUCGUAUAGUUCACUGACUGAGCAUACGCGCUAACAAACUUCCCGCGUACCCCACUGCAUCAGGCAGUCGCUGUGUACUCCAUCUCAGAAGCCGUUUGCAGCUGCAGGACUCCUUAGCCAAUAGUUAGGCCUAAUGCCCCUCGAGAUGUGUUCAUCUGCGCCUCGUCAUCUGCUCACCGCCAGAGUAAUCCGAGGUAUACGACGCGCGUGCGAAAAGGUCCUAACAUGCCCCGUAUCGCUGUAUCGUAUCAUAGAUCAAGCAAAAAUGAAACUCUCUAAUACCACCAACAAUGAGACAGUUACGCCCGGAACUACAUUCCGCUGCGUAAGGAUAUUACCUGUGUACGCCUCGUACCUUAGGCAGCGCUGCAAACAACUUACGAGAUGGAGUAUAGUGUUCAGCUUGCAGCGGUAAACAAGGUUGCGUUGUAGGGAGGUGCCGGUGAGUUGUCAGUGUAGCGAUGUCGUCACCCUUCUGCGAACCUCCCAGACGUGCCGGCAUAAAUGUGGAAGUAGAUAGCUGAGCGUUUCUCGAACCGAAACCAAAACACACAAGAGCUGCAAACUUGAGUUGACGUGCCUGGAGAUACGCACAGUUGGCAGAACCAAACAGCCUGCCAGAAAUAUGUCAUUUUUUUUCCUUUUCGAUAUUAAUUGCAGGUGUGUGGUAAAAGAUAUACAAUAUGAUGCGCAUGAUCUGUGGCCUAGUAUGUUAAACUAACAAGUCGUUCCGUCCGCCUUUCGUGGUUCGGCGCUGGUUCCGGAAACGAAACGCUCAUGUUCUUACGACCUUUUUUGUUUUAUUUUCUUCGUGCCAACAUCAAACAAAUUCUGUUACCGUUAGUUCUAGAUCCCGCAUAUGUUUCCUUAGUUUUUGUUUGUUCAAGCGACCGGAGAAACGAAGCCGCUGACUUGGCCUCCCGUUUAAAAAAAAAAAAAAGAAAACAUUCCUUCUCGUCACGCCUUUUUUUCUGUACCCCAAGUCAGCCGCUUCUGUCAACCCGAACACAGCUACGCGCUUCUUUUAUGUGUGUGUAAUUUAAUUCAGAGGUAAUAAAAAAAAACAUCGGGGACUACGGGGAUCCAUCUAACAGCGUCCGGGCGCAGUGAUACUCAUGAGUGCACUCGUGGCGCCACCUAGCGGGAACAGCCGGCAGCCUCCGGUCGCCCUGGCUACGCACCAACCCUGUGUGUGCGGCAACACCAUUGUAGAGUGUUCGCUUUACAGGUCCCACGGACGUUACUCACCACUAGGGUUCGGUGUUCCAGUUAUAUAUAUACAUAUAUGUAUUUUUUUUAAUCACGCGAGUGUAAACGUGUCACGUGUUGCGCGCGUUUUUGCUUGGGUCUGCGCGCGCUCGCUCAACACGCCGCAGACGACAAAGCGUCCAGAGGACACGGCCGGAAGCGGAAGAUCUGAAGAGAGAUGUCACGUGUUCCGUGUGUGUGUUGUGUUGACGAUAAUGUAUGUACGUUUGCGCGGUGUGUGCUUAACUAACAAGAAUGGAUGGUUAGCUAUGUAGCAGCUCCGCCUUGAGUGUAAACCGCCGAAGUGCCUUUGAUGCGACAGACGAUUCGCAGAAGUGCACACAACCAUGCGUUGAGCAGACGAUCAACGAGAAUUAAACCGAAUAAUUUGAGCAGAAUUGUUGAUGCGUGGUAAAGCACUAAAAAUGCAAAGUUAUUGUGGAAAGUGUUUUUCAGGCGCCUUCUGGUUGUCUAAUGAGUCACUGAAACACAUCAUCGCUUGCCGUGUGAAGUAUGACUGUAGCAGCCACGCCGAAAAAAAAAAAAAAAAAACUGCUCAUAGAAGUGAAGCGAAACUAUGUUCUGCGCACAACUGCACUGCAGCUUGAAGCUGUGGGGCAUUUACUUCUUUUUUUUUUUCCCUUUGCACUCGAGCGAGUCAUAUGUACGGAGUGUGUUUGUAGAGUGGUACUGAAAUAAAAUCAA